AUGGCGCAACAGACAUACCUCAAAGACCCAGACACAACGUCGUUCGUUGUCCCGAGGUCGACGCCAGACAUGGCCGGCUUCUGCCAUAACUAUGAGCUGCGUCGCCAUCGCCACGAGCACAAGGCCAAUGAAGGCUCGCUGCGCUUGCGCGCUGACUGGGAGAACACCAUCGGCCCGAUCGAGCGCUGGGGCUCUUGUAACCCCUGGGAAGGACACUUUGGAUCCGUGGUGCUACCGUUCUGCCGGCCGGAACGGCUGGCGAUUUUGUGUUAUAUUUUCGAGUACGCAUUUCUGUACGAUAAUGUCGUUGAGUCUGCCGCGAGGUCAACGCUAAACAUGGAUACGGACAACAUCGCCCUUGACGAGACAGAGUACCGCACCGUCCGCUCAGUCCUCGGCACGAAACAAAUUCAAUCCAAGAUGCUCCUCGAGCUUUUGUCGAUUGACGCUCCCUGCGCCGAAGUCGUCAUCGACUCCUGGAAGACAAUGAUCAGUACGACCGCGAAGCAGGACAAGAAGCGCGUCUUUGACAAUUUGGAAGAAUACGUCGACUACCGAAUCAUUGAUACCGGUGCUCCGUUUGUCGAUAUGCUCAUGCGGUUUGGUAUGGGCAUUCUGUUGGGUAAAGAGGAGCAGAAAAUGAUCGAGCCGCUUGUCAAGCCGUGCUAUGCGGCCCUUGGACUGGCCAAUGAUUACUUCUCGUUCGAUAUCGAGUGGGAGGAGUUCCAGGCCGAGACCGAUAAAGAGACCAUGACAAACGCGGUUUGGCUGUUCAUGCAAUGGGAGGGACUGGAUGUUGAGGAGGCAAAGGAGCGCGUGCGUGAGGUUACGAAUGGCUAUGAGCAGCAGUACCUGCGCAAUAUUGAGGAGUUCGAGAAGACCCAUGGCACGGAUAUGCCCCAUGUUGUCGAGUACCUCAAGGCCGAGGGGUAUCAGAUUCCGGGCAAUGUCGCGUGGAGCUUGAGGUGCCCGCGGUACCAUCCGCAGCUGAUUGAGGAUGCGGCGAAGCUGCUAGACCAGGACAUCAUUACCUCUACCCUUCCAGAAAAGAAACCAAGUGGACAUCACGAGAGUCGCAGCCGCACGCACUCUGACUCAGAUCUCUCCGACGCAUCUCCGACUUUCUGGUCUGGUUCGGACCGGUCUUCUAUCCGCUCGUCUGUAUCGUCUUCGUCUGAUAUGCAUGAGAAGCCGGCCGAGUCUGUUACGCUUGGCGACGAGCACCUCCUCGGCCCAGCCGAAUACAUCGCCUCCCUCCCCUCAAAGGGCGUCCGCGAAGCCUUCAUCGACGCACUGAACGUCUGGCUUGUUCUCCCCGACCACCGCGUGAACCAGCUGAAGAGCAUCGCGGCGACAUUACACAACGCUUCUUUAAUGCUCGACGACAUCGAAGACCACUCGCCCCUCCGCCGCGGGCGCCCAGCCACACACAUGAUCUUCGGCGCGGAGCAAACCAUCAACUCGGCGAACUACCUGCUCAUCGACGUGAUGCAGAAAGUGCGGGAACUGGAGGACCCAAAGUGCAUGGAUAUCUAUAUUGAGGAAAUGAGGAAUCUCUUCGUGGGACAGAGCUUUGAUCUCUAUUGGACGCGCAAUGGCGAGUGUCCGGAUGAGGAGGAGUAUCUGGCUAUGAUUCGACAGAAAACGGGAGGCCUCUUCCGCCUUUUAACCCGACUCAUGGGGCAGGUUGCACCCGUGCAAAAGGGUCUAGAUACCCAACUAUCAACGCUCAGCAACACCCUCGGCGAAUUCUUCCAAAUCCGCGACGACUACAAGAACCUUUCCGACGAGUACACGGGGCAGAAGGGCUUCUGCGAGGAUCUCGAUGAGUGCAAGUUCUCCUACCCGCUUAUCCACGCGCUACGGACGCAGCCGAAGAAUGUCCAGCUCCGCGGGAUUCUGCAGCAGUCCCGUAGCGCGGGGGGUCUGGACGUCCCGAUGAAGGAGACGGUCUUGUCGCACCUGAGAGAUGCAGGGAGUCUGGUGUAUACGGAGAAGAAGAUGAGGGAUCUGAUGGAGAGGAUUACCGAUGGGGUGGUGGAGAUCGAGAACAAGUCAGGGGUGUCGAAUUGGGUGGUGAGGCUGUUGAUUCACAGGCUGAAGGUGUAG